AUGGGAGACGAUCGUCCAGGAGGCCUACUUGAUAAAGCAAACAUUACAGUGAACAAGUUGGAAUCCAAGAGGUUGGCGAUUGCCUACCUUUUUGUGCAUUUCCACGGAGCCCCUCCAAGAGAUACAUGGAAGGGCAAAACUGGAAUCCAGACCAAAAUCAGGUCAGCUCUAAGUCUUUCUCAAAGCACUUGUAUCAUGAAGGAUCUAGAAGAUAUUAUGAGGUGCUAUGAACAAGGUAUUGAGUAUAACCCAUCACUGAGAUCUGGCCGUGGUCGUAAACGUGAAGCAGCAGUGACCCCAGAUGGACCUGAGGCAUAG